UAAAAACUAACUAACUUGUGUCGAAACAAAACAGAAAUCAGAGAACUUGUGUAAAUAAGAGAGAGAUUUACAAUUUUUUUAUUUCAAAGUCAAAAAAAGUUGAAUCUCUGUUUUUCGUCUGGUCCCAUAGUGAAUCGUAUGGCUUCCUAGGGUUUGUGGAAUUGAUAAGGGGAAUACAGAUUUGAGAUGCAAAGUAGCUCCAGCUCCGGUGGUGGUGACGACCUUGAAAAGCAGCAGCAGCAGCAGAAGGACAAGGCUCACCAGAAGCAGAGCGAGUCAGCCAAUGAAUCCAACCACCUCACAAUCGUUGUCUGCAAUGGAGAUUCUAGUCGGGAAGAAUUGGUGGCUCAGAUCCCACCGAAAAAGGAGGUUAGCUUAUCCAGAAACGGAAGCUCUCACGAGCAGUGCAGGGUUUGUCUACAAGAGAAAGAAGAGGUUUUGAUUGAACUAGGUUGUCAAUGUCGUGGUGGUCUUGCUAAAGCUCAUAGGUCUUGUAUAGAUGCUUGGUUUCGGACUAAAGGCUCUAAUCAGUGUGAGAUCUGUCAAGUUGUUGCUGUUAAUAUCACACCUCCUGAGACUCAACCAACUACAAAUUAUUGGGUUUGGAGGAUUGAUCCUAGUUAUAGACAAGAGGAGCGUGAGAGAGGAUGUUUUAGUCCGCUUUGGGUUGCAUUCUCGAUUCUGAUUGGUGGUUUAAUGCUUGAUGUGUUGAUAUCUAUCACACUCGGGGUCUCUGCGCUUCCCGUGAACAUCAUCAUUGGAGUCAUAGUGGUGCUUGGGCUAGGAACUGCUCUAAGGCUGACUUUGGAGUUCUGUUACGAGUGGAGCUUGAGAAGAGCGGUUCACAGGGCGGUGCAGAGGGCGGAAGCAAACAACUUCAAUAAUAUUGCGUACCCACCUGCCUUGUAAGGGGGAAACUAUGUCAAGUUAAAACUCGUGUGUAUGUAAAAGUUGUGUGAGACGUGUACAACUACAAUGCUGGAUUUGUUGGGAAAGAAAAAAGAAAUAACAGAGAUUACUACGAGUUUUUUGUU